AUGGAGCAGAUAAAAUACUUCCUCCUUCAGAUCUUUGUAGUUUUAGCCAUUUCAUUUCUUGUUUCUGCACAGGAUCAAUCAGGAUUCAUCAGCAUUGAUUGUGGAAUUUCAGGGAAUUCAAGCUACAAAGACAGUGUAACAAACAUAAAGUACAUUUCUGAUGUAAACUUCACAGAAACUGGAAUAAGUAAGAGCAUAUCAUCAGAUUUCAACACUACCACUCUUCCACAACAGUUUUGGUAUGUUAGAAGCUUUCCCGAAGGAGAAAGAAACUGUUACACCAUAAAGCUUGCUCAAGGCAAAGGUUUCAAGUAUUUGAUCAGGGCAAGUUUUAUGUAUGGAAGCUAUGACGGUCAAGGUACUGCUCCAGUUUUCGAUCUAUACAUGGGAGUUAAUAAAUGGGGUACAGUAGUAAUGGGGAAUGAAUCCAACAUCAUAAUCAAAGAAGUUGUACAUGUACUUCCUACAUCUUCCAUAUGCAUUUGUUUGGUCAAUACUGGCUUUGGAUCACCUUUUAUAUCAGCAUUGGAGCUUAGGCUUUUGAAAAAUGCAAGUUAUGUCACUGAUUUUGAUUUGCUAGCUCUCCACAGACGGUUGGACGUUGGUUCAACAAUCAACAGAACCGUCAGGUACAAUGAUGACAUUUCUGAUAGGAUCUGGGUGCCUUAUAACUUUCUUAAUUAUAAAAUUAUGAACACUUCAUCUACAGUUGAUUCGGGAGGCAGCAAUUCUUAUAAUUUACCAGGAAUUGUAAUGAGCACUGCCAUCACAACCUAUAAUGCUAGUGAUCCUCUGGAAUUUCACUGGGUUCCUGAAGAUCCCAGUGCAAGAUAUCAUAUAUUCCUGCACUUUGCUGAUUUGGAAAAGCUUCAAGCCAACCAAUUAAGGGAAUUUAACAUCUAUCAAAAUGGAAAUUAUUUUCAUGGACCUUUCUCUCCUGAUUACUUGCAGUCAACUACAUUGUCUAGCACAUCCCCAAUGAGUGGAGAAAAUAUUGCAUUUUCAUUAUUAAAAACUAAUGCAUCAAAUCUUCCUCCCAUUCUCAAUGCUCUUGAAAUCUACUUGGUGCUUGACACGUUGCAAUCACGCACCGAUGAGCAGGACAUUACUGCUUUGAUGAACAUCAAAUCAUUUUAUGGAGUGAGAAAGAACUGGCAGGGUGAUCCAUGCCAGCCAAAAUCUUUUUUGUGGGAUGGUCUUAUUUGUAGCUACGAUGACCAGAUUCCUAAUAGAAUCACCACUUUGAACUUAUCUUCAAGUGGAUUGGUGGGGGAAAUAACUACGUAUGUAUCUGAAUUGACAACAUUACAAUAUUUGGAUUUGUCAAACAAUAACUUGAGUGGACCAGUGCCCGAUUCUCUAUCCAAAUUGCAGUCCUUGAAAGUUCUAGAUUUGAGAGACAAUCCACUCCUUGGUUCUAUACCAAGCGAACUCGUGGAAAGAUCGAAGAACGGAUCCCUUUCAAUAAGGGUUGGAGCCGGAGGAAACACGGAUCUUUGUGCUUCAUCUUCUUGUCCAAAGAAGAAAAAGAGUUAUGUUAUUAUGAUUGUAGCGAUAGUUUCAUCGUUUCUUGUCCUCUUAGCUGCAACAUCAGUCUUGAUAAUAUUGUGGAGAAAAAGAGCUCGGAAACAGCCCGUCAUAAGACUCGGAACACUAGAGGAAAAAAAACAGCAACUAUCUUACUCUGAAAUACGACGUAUAACAAACAACUUUGAGAGACAAAUUGGAGAAGGAGGUUUUGCAAAAGUAUUCCUUGGUAAUUUGGAUGAUAGUCAAGUCGCCGUGAAGGUCCUUAAGUCUUCGGUUCAAGGUUAUAAAGAAUUUGAAGCAGAGGUUAAACUUUUGUUGAGAAUUCAUCAUCGAAACUUGACCAGCCUUGUUGGAUACUGCUGCCAAAAAACCAACCUGGUUCUAAUUUAUGAGUACAUAAACAAUGGCAACUUAAAAGAGCAUCUAUCAGGUAGCAAAGGCAGUGUUCUCAGUUGGGAGGAAAGGAUGCAAGUAGCAGUCAAUUCAGCUCAAGGGUUGGAGUAUCUGCAUCAUGGUUGUAGGCCACCGAUUGUUCAUAGAGAUGUGAAAUCUGCAAACAUCCUUUUGAAUGAAAGAUUCCAAGCUAAAAUAGCUGAUUUUGGUCUAUCCAAGAGUUUUCCAACCGAAAGCCGUACUCAUAUGACAACCGUUGUUGCGGGGACCGAUGGUUAUCUCGAUCCCGAGUAUUAUGCAACUGGCUGGUUGACUGAGAAAAGUGAUGUUUAUAGUUUUGGAGUUCUUGUAUUGGAAAUCGUUACUUCUCGUCCAGUCCUGAUGAUCGACAGAGCUUCUUCACAGAAAUAUCAUAUAAGCCAAUGGGUUAUGCAAUUGAUGAAAAUAGGUGAUAUAAGGAGCAUUGUUGAUCAAAAGGUGAGGGAAAACUUUGACUUGAGUUCUGCUUGGAAGGCAGUGGAGAUUGCAAUGAAAUGUUUGUCAUUGAAUUCCAUUGAUAGGCCAAACAUGAAAGAGGUAGUUUCGGAGUUGAGCGAGUGUUUGGCGUUAGAGAAAGCUCGGAAAAGAAAAAACGCUGACACUGACAUGAGAAAAUCAAAUCCAGUUAGUAGGAAUUUCAGAGAGAGUGAAGUAACACCUUUUGCUAGAUAGAGGUUCUAUAUGUGUGUGAUUCUAAACAAUUCUAUUGCAAAAAGUCGAUAUGUAAGAAGAGUAUGAACAACAAUUUAAUGUCUUUGGCAUUGUCAAUGUUUGUUCAUAUUAUGAACUAAGAAAUAGCCUAAGUGGUUUAAGAAAUGAAGCAAUGAUUGUAAUUUCUGCAUCAAACUAAGAGCCUCUGCAUUUGUAAAUAGCUGAAUGCGCUCGGCUCGACUUACCUAAACUGUGUGCUAACGACCAACAAGUCUGUAUUUCGAAUCUUCCAUCUCUUAUUGUACUCAAACAAAGGAAAAAUCUUCAAAAUAUGAACGUUUGGACUUUCUAAUCUUUACAUUCAUUCAACAAAGAAACUUCCUUUUGAUU